UUAGUCAAAUCAACAUGGCGGAAGGAGUAGAUUUUCAGUUCGAUGAAGAUGAAGUGGAAGACGAUAUUCCGUUGGAAAAGAGAAAGAAAAUAUUUCUGAAAGAAUUGCGCUGUAUGAUGUAUGGUUUUGGAGAUGACAGGAAUCCGUAUACAGAGAGUGUAGAGCUGCUGGAAGAUCUUGUCAUUGAAUACAUUACAGAAAUGACAAAGAAGGCGAUGGAGGUUGGGCGUCCAGGUAGAAUUUCUGUAGAGGACAUCAUCUUCUUAAUCCGAAAAGACCCAAAGAAAUACUCCCGUGUGAAGGAACUCCUAAUGAUGAACGAAGAACUCAGAAAAGCAAGAAAGGCCUUCGAUGAAAUUAAAUAUGCGACGACAAAAUGAAAGAUUCAUAAAAAAACAUCAUCAAGGACCAUAUUGGGAAAUGUUGUAUUGCAUUCACAUUACUGUUGGAUGAAU